AUGCAGAAAAUUGAUGAAUGGGAAGAAGAUUCAAUUAAGAAAAUUAAACAAAGCGCAGAACAAUGUAGACAAAUAUUAAUUGAGCAUAAAAAUAAGUAUUUUGAAAUAGAAAAAAAAUUAUUUGAAUUAACUGAACAAUUAAAACAAAGUCACCAAGAAGCUGAAUUUAAUGAAAAUGAUUUACAUCGAUUCAAAACAAAAUUAACAGAACUACUGGAAGAAUUUGGUCAGCCGCCAAGCAUUAGAAUUCAACAAGAUUCGAAAUCAUUUAUAAAUGAAAUCUCAAUUGUCAUUUCAUCUGGAAUUCUGGAAGAAAAUAAAUUAAAUCAAAUAGAUCCAAGUCAAUUUGAAAAAAAACAAACAGAAAAGCGUGAUCAUUUUCAAAAUAUUUUCAAUUCAAAAGAUAAUAAAUCCUUUAUGAAUCAGGGUUCUACGAUUAUAUCAUCUGGUAGGUGUUAUAAUGACAUGGAGAUUUUACAGAUUGAUAUUCAAAGAUUGAUUGGUUAA